AUGUCCUCUCGCAAGCAAGUUGGAAAAGAUAAAAUUAUAUUUGCUACCAAAGAAGAUCAUGAGGUUCCUAGCUCUGUGCAACUACCUGACGCAGAACCAAGUCCUGGGCUGAUCCUUUCUACCGGUGAAAUUAACUGGAACUGUCCAUGUCUUGGUGGAAUGGCCACUGGGCCUUGUGGUGUACAGUUUAGAGAUGCAUUUUCAUGUUUCCAUUACAGUGAAGCAGAACCUAAAGGAUCGGAUUGUUAUGACGCAUUUAAAACAAUGCAAGAAUGUAUGUCUAAAUAUCCAGCAUUAUAUAAUAAGGAUAAUGAUAAUGAUGAUGAUGAUAAAGAUGAUCCAUUAGAAGCUAUAGCAAAUUCCUCUGAUAGUCUGAAUGAAACAGAACAAAAGCCAAUAGAACAUAGAGAAGCUAUUGAAUCAAAAGGUUCUUAG